AAAUCGCGUCGAACUCUCGAUAAAGCAUCUUCCGAUUCCCUGAUGCUUGCCCGCGCGAUUUAACGUCAAAAUCCACCCGAUAUCGCAAGGACGAGCGCAAAGCUGAGCUGAAUGGAUCCUGGAAUCACUCGAAUCUCGUAGCAGAACGCCAAUUGAAGCGCACGAGCGUGAAGGAAGAUACGAUAGAGAAAGAGAGACAGAAAGAGAGAGAGAGGGAGAGAGAGCGAAGGAGACAGCUGAGCCAGCGAGAGCGAGACGGAGACAGAGAGAGAAGAGCGUAGAUACUCUGGAAAGUCGGAAGCAUCACGAAGUUCGUCACGCAUCGUGUGCCUGUCACGGCUGGCUGAUAAAAGCGCGCCGUUUCCCAGGGAAAAAUGAGAGCGAUGUCUUCAUACUCGUGAAACUGGAAGGAGAAUCUGACAGAACGCUCGAGAAAAUAGGAAAUGUACGGCGCCGAGAGGGAGGAAGUGUCUGAAAGCUGGUUACAUACGUAUGAUCUGAGCAGUACUAUGAUUCCCAAUAUAAGUACGGCCAUGGACGAUGAGGAGCAUUUUUGCAAGCUCAUCUUAUACAAAGAGAUCAAGGAUUCAAGAGUCCGAAUAUGGGAUGUCAUCAUUCUAGUACCGAAUCUCUUGUUCCUUCUAUUCAUCGCCAUGCGAUUCAACAGAGCGAGGCUUAAGUUACGUGCAACGAGUAGUCCGAUAUUUUUAGCAUUUUACGGUCUCGUUAUUUGUAACGUAGUUAUAUCAGUCGUACGCUGCAUUGUAUCGAUGACAGUAAAUGCAGCGGCAACAGUUGGCGGCAAAGCCGACAAGGUUUUGUGGGUCACCGUGAGAUUUUUUCUACUAUCUACCGAGAUGAGCGUUGUUAUAUUUGGUCUAGCGUUUGGCCACUUGGAUAGUCGUUCUAGUAUUCGUAGAGUCUUACUCGCUACGUCAUUUAUAGCACUGGCAUUUACAAUCACUCAAGGAACGUUGGAAUUAGUUUUGCCAGAUGAUACAUUUCAUAUUCCCAGCCGUGAUUUUUACGUGUUUGGUCAUGGUGGUAUGAUGUUUUGGUUUUGUAGCAGUCUCGUUUUUACUACGAUAUAUCUCUUCAUAUUAAUACUGCCAUGGACACGGUUACGGGACCGCCUAGCACUUCCUACACGGAAAAGCUUUUACAUUUAUGCUGGAACGCUAGCGACAUUGGAUCUAGUGCAAUCAAUUGGCGCAGGCUUUCUAAACUACACGCAAAAUCCAGUGGGAUUAUGCAUUGUAGACUUCACAGCAGCAGUGUAUUUAAGUCUUUUUACUCCUUUGGUUUACCAUACAUUCCUAUCGGAAUUCUUCGGGGUUUCACAACCUUCGAUAAUGUUCUCUUACAAAGCGCAAGUAGAUGACGCAAUGGACGAAGACACAGUAUCGUUACCGCAUCAACAGAGUUUUUCAUCCUUGAAAACCGACAGCGAUUACAUCUAUCAGGUCCAUACUCCUUCUAUUCACAUACCGUUGUAUGAUUCUCAAGCAUUGAAAUCCUUCAAGCAGGGAGCUUCUCUUUAUUCCUUAACAUCAGCUAAAGAUCUGAAAAAUAGCGACUCGAGCACCUUUGGUUCACCAAUUAGGUCAUAUCGCUCGACAACCGGUAUUAGAAGCUUCGGUAGAGAUCUCAACACGGUGAAGGACACCUCGGAAUUGGCUGAUUAUCCUUUGAUUAAAUCCGACCCUUUGUCGACCAUCCAAAAGAGUGUGCCGGAUCUAAGAUUUUCCAGUCCGAGCCGGAAAACCGUUUCUGUCAAGUACGGUGGACCCAGUAACGUCUCGAAUUUGCUCCUCUCGCCCGAUACCGCUAGUAACUUCCUCUACAAACCGAAAACGAUCGACAGUAACGUUAAUCUGUAUUCUCAAACGAGAAAGAGUAGCUUAGAAGGUGUAUUGGAUGGCGCAGCUGUAGAUCGCGCGAAUAUAGUUGAGAACAUUCCGCAUGGACAUGGUAACUUUUCGGAAAUACCUCAAGUUCCAGCGUUAGAAAAUAGCCUACAAUCUAUUUUGGAAAGCGGGUCGCACGAAAUUGAAAGGGAGGAUUCCCAAGAAUCUCGAUUAAGGAUAAGCGAUGAUUUAGCGCUUCAAGAGAGCGCUGCUACUCUAAAGCCGAGCUAUUUAACGACGGGAAUUUUAGACACUGAAUUCUUCAAAAUUUCCUCGGAUGAUGCGUUACCUGAUAUAUCUGAUACCUCGAAUGUUACACAGCAAUUAUUUCCUAGCUCUUCUCGUUCAACUGUCGCCUACAAAAGAAACCAAAAUGAUUCGAAGGCGGGAGAUUCGGGCGGCCUAAGUGAUUAUUUGCUAUCUAUAACAUCUCCAAAAUUCGAAAAGCACAAAAAGAAUAGGACGCAGCAAAAUCCCGAUCCCUCUCAAGAUUCAGAUACACAAACUGAAUCUUUGUAAAAUAGCUUAUCGCUCUAGAGUCACUGUGUCUGUAGACCAUGGAUGACUUGUCCAAGUUUUACAUUGAUUUUAUCAAUAAUUUUAAGAUACCAUUUUAGAGCUUGAUUUAACUGUAAAUAUAUUUUAGCACGUUUAGAGAAUCAUAUAUAAAAUUAAACAUAUUGAUGUAGUCAAUGCACUUGGUUUCAUUUAUUUACACUAACUUUGGGCAAUUUCCCUUGGACAACGAUAUCAUUCUGCUUCUUUACGAAUCUUGUAAAUAUAUAUUCAAGAGUCAAACGCACCUGUUUGCACCGUGCUUUCUAACGCAAUAGUACACGCGAGACACGAUGUUUCUGUUAUAAUGCUUGGAUGUUUAAUUAAUGAAUUUAAUUUCACCGGCGUUGUAUUAACUUCACGGUAAUUUUUUUAAUUAAUUGGUUGAUUGACUGAUUGAUUGGAGGCCUGCCUCGGAAUGCAAAGCGGAAUGUUCUUUCUUCUUUCUUUGCAGAAUCACAGCGUUUAUGACUCGACCCAGUUUGACACGAACGCUACGCCAAUCAACCCGCUCUACGCGGCGUCUCUUCAAAGCCCAGAUAGUAUUACCGGUUACAGUAUAGACAGUCAAGAGGCACCGAAUCCGCCAAAUGGUUAUCAGCAAUGAACUUAUCGCGCAUAUCGAUUCGGUGUGCUACAGAAAAAGCUACAGAACAAACCUGGAUAUAUACGAACAAUUAUUUCAACGGUUAAAUUUUACUACGAAUUUCGUGAGAGCCCCUCUGAAGAAUUCGCUAUUUUUCUUCGAAAGGAGCGUAUCGUACACGAAGAAAAAAGUUUCGGAAUUGAAGUAACGUUAUGAAUGAUCUAAGGAAGGAUUCUAGUCGUUCUUAGAGAAUUUUCAAGGCCGUAAAUAAACACGAAUUGCUCCCGGUCUUCAUGUGAUAGUUGGCGCUGAUGCGCCAAAUUGUGAUCGCAAAAUGUUGGAAGAAAUCUCGUAAAAACUUGGAAUCUCUAGAUGGUUUUAAUUUGCUUUAUUGUUAGGGCCUGAGGUUCUUUCUCAAAGGAUAAUUAUUAGAAGGUGUACAGCAUUAAUUUAUAUUAUUUUUGUACUUAAAUAGAGACUUUGGGAUCGUCGCGCGAGUGAAUCUUUUAUAGCACGUGAAAAAGUAGAACUUUUUUUUCAACCAAACGUUUAUUUAUUCCAAAGUACGUACAAGAUGUAUAGGUCGUUUUAAAAUUCGCAUACUACUUCUUGAACGCAAACACUAGUCUAUCUCUUUUUUUUUUUAUUCAUUAAAUAUAUCUUCAUCUAAAUAAGGAGAAUUCGGUGAAACAAAAUUAGAAAAUAAAAAUUUAUAUCAACAUUCUUUAAAAUUAUCCCCGUUAUAAUGGUUAACAAUAAGUAGUGUGCGACUUUUGCAAUGCCCUAUGCAUGUAGUGCAAUCAAUCUCAUAGCGGAAUAUCGUCUUCGUCUCUAUAGUUUCGUAAUGAAAACUGCAAAAAAUUGGUGUAACGGCCACGGUGGGAUAUCAGAAAGACAAAAACCAAACACUUAGAUUUAACUUUCGAAUCUUGCUUAUCGUUUCUCCGUCCUUCUCAUCAAAGUGGACGUCGUAUCGUUCUAAGGUGAUCCCUCCUUGCGCGUGGAAUUACGCGCAAGCGACAAGCCGGACACGCGCUAUUUUCUUACUUUUGCAUCGAAAAUCAUUAGAUUGAUUAUAUAAGGACAAUAGGAGUCAUUAAGAUUGAAACACGUCGCGGGCGGAGAUAAUUUUUUAGAUUUAAGAAAAACUCUUCGACGCUCCAAUAACUAUUACGGAAGACUCCAUCCAUGAUGUAUAUACAUAAUCUGUAUUCUAAUGUAAAAGAUAUCGUACUAUUUAUAUAUACAUUAAUAUAUAUACACAUUAUAUAUAUACAUAUAUUUAUCGAUAUUAUGUAUCUCCGUAAUCUGACGUUUCAACUGUCAAAACAUUCGCUCCUGCGCUGUCCGCUUUUUUUUUUUUUUUAAUCGAACGUUUAUGGUUUAUGGCGCAGAAGGGAAGAUAAGAAAAAACAUAUACAAAAUUAGUAUUAUUAGAAAAUUGACGAAAUGUUUAUCACACAUCAUGCGACAUCCCCAAGACGUGAUCGUAGAUUCACGAGGUUGUAGAUUCCUCCGUUUUCCUAUGUGCAUUUUAGAGGAAGGAAGACUAAGAGGAACGGAAGAAAAAUCACAAGUGAUAAUGUAACUACGUAUUUCCUAGCGUUUAAGCCAUUCGAACUUGUAUAUAGCAAACGGAACAGCAUGAAAUAGUGUAUUACACGAGGAGUCUCUCAAUUGCUUUUUACCAUCUCCGACUGUCAAUCACCCCGCACUCUUCACGAACGUUACCUGCGACCGUCUGACCGUGUGUGAUUCUUUUGUAAGCAUCGAGUGCAGUAUAUAAGGCAAUAUUAUGUGACCGCGUCAUAUAGAUAUAAUUGAAAAAAAAAGUAAAAUAAACAUAAAUUACAAUUCACUGUA